AUGUACUACGGCUCGCCAUCGACCUCGGUAGGCGGCGGUGCCGGUGCCAGCUCUAGCAAGUCGAAACCUACGUUGGGGAAUACGGGUGUUGGGAAGAGUAAACUCCUCAGCUCCAAAGCCAAGAAUCCCUACGCGGCGUACGCGUCGUCCUGCGAGCUAUGCAAGACCAAGACGGAGCAAGGGAAGAAGUAUUGUCAGCGGUGUGCGUAUCAGAAGAAUGCGUGCCCGAUGUGUGGGAAGAGUUUGGCUGCAAAGGCAUCGAAAGAUCAGCCUGUUGUGCAGGGGCAGAAGUUUAAUUUGAAGUAA